AUGACGCCGCUCGAGCGGGAGCGCGGCGCGGAAGUUCCUGCGGAGGUCGCCGGGUGGCGACGAAGAGCACGUCCGUACGCCACGGGGGAGGCGGAGAAGAAGGAGGAAGAAGCAGUAGAAGAAGAACAGACGCGGAAGUGGAAAAAAAGACGCGUCGCUUUGCGUGGCCGUAGCGGUUCGUUUUCGGCCAUGGCGACGGUGGACGUGGAGGACGAGAGCAUUUUGGCCUCGGUCUUCCGGGACUGCUUCCCGGACGGCUGGAGGGACCGAGCGGACCUGGCGGCCUACUUGGCGGAACUCAGUUCGUUGGGCGUGGAGCAGCUGGGCCGCGAGAGGGAGCGGCUGGCGGACGAACGAGCCGCCAUCCUGGAGCAGACCCGACACUUGGCCUUCGCCAAUUACCACACUUUCAUUCGCACCGCCGACUGCACCGAGCGCAUCUACCGAGACUUCGGCCGCGUCGAGGCCGCCGUGUCGCGGCUUCUCGACAAGCUGCCCGCGUUCGGACAGCGAUGCCGGAGCUUCGCAAAGGAGGCCGAGCAGAUGUCGGCGGCUCGCCGCAUGAACACGCUCACGUUGAACCGCCACACGGAGAUCUUGGAGAUCCUGGAGAUCCCUCAGCUGAUGGACACGUGCGUGCGCAACGCUUACUACGACCAGGCGCUGGAGCUGGCCGCGUACGUCCGCCGGCUGGACAAGAAACACGGCACCCUUCCCGUCGUGCAGGGCCUGGUGCGCGAGGUGGGCGAGAGCGCUCAGCUGAUGCUGCUUCAGCUCCUGCAGCAGCUGCGGAGCGACGGGCAGCUGUCGUCGUGCCUGCGCGCGGUGGGAUACCUGCGGCGCACGGACGCCCUGGACGAGGGCGAGCUGCGCGUCAAGUUCCUGCAGGCGCGCGGCGCCUGGCUGCGCGCGGCGCUGGACGCCGUGCCCGACGCCGACCCGUACGCGCACAUCAGCAAGAGCGCCGAGACGUGCCGCGUGCACCUCUUUGACAUCAUCACGCAAUACCGCGCCAUCUUCUCCGAGCGCCGCGCCGCCUCGGCGCCGCAGCGGCCCGACGUCCUCCACGGCUGGGUGCUCGCCAAGGUGUGCGAGUUGGCGGAGGCGCUGGAGCGCGACCUGCGGCGCGGCGCCGGCGCCCGACUGGACUCCCUGGCGGCCCAGUGCAUGUACCUGGGCCUGUCCUUCAGCCGGGUGGGCGCGGACUUCCGCGGGCGGCUGGCGGCCGCGCUGCUGCGGGCGGCCGCCGAGGCCUUCGGGAGCGCGGCGCGCCAAGCGGCGGAGUGCUUCCGGCGGGACAUGAGCGCCUACGCGCCGGUGGCCGCGCCCUCCGUGCCCUUCGUGCCGGGGGCCCGGGAGGCGGCGCCGGCGGACCCGCCGGGCACGAUGGCGCCGCCCGCCGCCCUCCUGGACUUCCCGCCGCUGGGUCGCUUCCUCAAUCGCAUCCUGGCCGCCUUCAACGACUUGCGCCUGUGCUGCCCCCUGGCGCUCGCCCAGAGCGUCACCGCCGACUUGCACUGCGCCCUCUGCCAGGUGAGCGCUCAGCUGUUGGCCUUCCACCGCGCCGAGGAUUCGGCGUUCAGCGACGGCGAGCGGCGGGUGUUUUCGCGCAUGUGUCUUGUCUACGCCCGAGACCUGCUGCCCUUCCUGGACCGAUGCCUGCAGAUUCUCUUCCCCGCCCUGCAGAUGGCGCUCGUCCUCGGUGUUCCAGCGUCUCACAUGCUCAGCGGCGAGCGUUUGGGUCGCGUGGAUGUGAAGCGGCUACUGGAGCCGCUCCGUUUCUUGCUGCCCGAGGACGAGGGAGCUCCGGCGGACAUCGCCGCCGAGGCGAGCGGCGCGCCGUUGACGUCGGCGCCUCCCCGUGACGCGGCCGCGCAGCCGCCCCCGGGGGACGCGGCGCCGGCGAUCGACAAAGAUGCCGGAGAGAUGGAGACGCUGUUGUCGUGGCAACCGGAACUCUGAGAACCCCUGCGCGACGACUCGAUCGGCGCAGAAUGCCGUCGGUCCCGUUCCGAGGCGGGUGCGGCCGAAACGCCGAAGGCAUCCCUUGUGUUUCGUUUGCUUUUCGGAAUAAGCAAAGCCAAUAAAAUGCAAGACGAUACAUGCUGAUGUGUACAGCGCUUUCACAACAGCUGCAGCUACCAUAAAGUCAAAUCAUAGACGCAGUGCGUGACGCGAUGAAGAAGGGCCUGCGUGGCCUUUUCAUCCGAACAAAUUCAAAUCCAACCGCGAAGAAAAGGGCUACGUCCCGGUUGGCUUUUUGGAAACAAAAGGACUUCAAUAAAUGGAAUUAUUUCCGUCGUCAAAUUA